CUUCCCAGCUACAUCAACGAACUCGAGUGGCUCUUCGGCGAACACGGCGUCACUGGCAAUCACAACAAAAUCAAUGCAUCCUUAUGUUACCUCCCGCAUCUCGAGACCCAUGUUUGGAAAUCGAUCGAAUCUUACUCUGGUGCUACAAAAUCUUGGGCUGAGUUCAAGGACGAAGUCAUCAAGCUCUAUCCUGGUGCUGCAAUCGAAGGCCAAACCACCCGCGACAAUCUCAAAGCUCUCAUCCAAGCGUGUGCCACCUCUGUCAUCACCUCUUGCGCCGAGCUCGGUGAGUAUAACCGCCAGUUCAAAGUUCUCGCAGAUGAUCUACUUCAGAAACAU